AUGAAGGCUCAGCCCGCGGCAGCGUCCAUCUUCUGCCUGUGCCUGGUGCUGGCGGCCUCCGCAGCCUCCGCCGCGGAAGGGCUCGGAAAGGGUUUUGGCGAUCAUAUUCACUGGAGAACACUGGAAGAUGGGAAGAAAGAGGCAGCAGCCAGUGGUUUGCCUCUUAUGGUUAUCAUCCACAAGUCUUGGUGUGGAGCUUGCAAAGCCUUAAAGCCGAAGUUUGCUGAAUCCAAGGAGAUCUCUGAACUUGCCCAUAAUUUUGUUAUGGUCAACCUUGAGGAUGAUGAAGAGCCAAAGGAUGAAGCCUUUAGUCCUGAUGGAGGUUACAUUCCCAGAAUCCUCUUCAUGGACCCCAGUGGAAAAGUCCACCCAGAAAUCAUAAAUGAGAAAGGAAACCCCAGCUACAAGUACUUCUAUACUAACGCUGAUCAAGUUGUCCAAGGGAUGAAGGAGGCCCAGGAGAAGCUAACAGGUGAUGCUUUCAAACAAAAACACCUGGGAGAUGAACUAUAAUGAAUACACUGAAUGAUGCUUUUCUGUCAUUUCAAAACCCUCAAAGGAAAUGAUUAAACAGACCAAGAAUGUAGGUGCA